UUAGAGCAAACCAGAAUCACCUUAACACAAUGGACACCCACCAUUUCCUCACCUUGUGCUUCUUCCUUCUCCUCUCUUGCCAUGCCCUCACUUCCUCUGCCACCACUGCAGAGGAAGACGCUUCCGAUUUCGUCCGCCGAUUAGACCGGAAGUCACUUGGCCUUCACAAGAAAGAAAAACUGAGCCACAUCAAGCUCUACUUCCACGACAUUGUAAGCGGACCCAAUCCUACAUCGGUUACAGUUGUUCCCCAAGCCCACAAGAACGACACCACCUUCUUCGGCAUGGUCAAAAUGAUUGACGACCCUUUGACUCAGGGGCCGGAUCGGAGUUCCAAGCUUGUGGGGAAGGCUCAAGGGUUCUAUGCCGCUUCAUCACAGAGCGAGUUCAGUUUGCUCAUGGCCAUGGACUUCGUUUUCAUUGAAGGGAAGUACAAUGGCAGCACCAUCACCAUCUUGGGGAGGAACGCUAUUUUCAACAAGGUGAGAGAGAUGCCUGUGGUUGGUGGUAGUGGCAUUUUCAGGUUUGCUAGAGGAUAUGCAGAGGCUAGAACCAAGUCGAUUGAUUUCAAAACUGGGGAUGCUAUGGUGGAGUUUAAUGUUUAUGUUUUCCAUUAUUGAUCAUUUAUAUUAGGUGGUUGUUGUGAUAUCUUAAGUCAGAUUAAGGUGUGGUACCAAAAUGAGUUGAUUCGAUAAUAAAGACUCAUGUACCAGUUAAAAUUUUAAUUAUGUUAUAUCAUAGUAAUGCAGUAUUCCAUUCUUAGGAACGUGAGAUUUGCGAGUUGUGUUUUCAAGCUUUGUUCAUCCGUCAACCAUUGUCAUUUUACGCACAUCUUCAUCACCA